GAAAACAGCUGAUUAGUUUGACGAGUGUGCUCGAGAGGUGAAGGUGUACUCGCCGAUUUGCGUUUACAUUGUCUUCAAGAAAACUAAUUAUUUUACCGUCAUUAUGUAUCAAAGGGAUAUUUAUUAUUCUGUAAUUGGAGGAGUUUUAUAGCAGUGGCGCAUUUUGGUGAAAAUCGAGGAGAAUCAUUAAGGUAAGCGGAUACUUCAGCUACAUGGCAUCAGAAUGGCAAAAAAACUCGAUGGUUUUUCUGAGUGAGAUGCACUGUUCGAAUUUCGAAAUAGAGGGAAGCCGUCUCGAUGGGGGAGAAGUAUUGGUUGCGAUUGCGGCUCUGGUAACCGAAGGGCGGAUUCCUGGCAAGUUGGCGGCGGCUAAAGGUGCCGGGUUUCACGAAGGACCGCACUGCGUACUCAAGAAGACAUCUGAUGAGCACGUGUGUAAUUCCAGCGAUCCCUUGUGUGUCAAGUACGAAAAAGUUCGAGAAGAGGUCUUAGAUCUGUGGCAGAAGGGUAUUCCAUUAUGUGUCGAGGUGCUACUGACCGCAAAUUGCGCCUGCAAACCAAACGAAGAUGAGGGAUGCUGCUCCAACAAUGUAUUCGAACAAGCUGACUCUUCGAAUUCUGGCCUUCUUUUAGAGCAAUGGUUUUUCACUGUCAGUCACCGCAGGAUUCACGAUAAAACUCACGUUAACUUACAACAACUGAUGAACGCCGUUCGUUCUCAGUUACAUUUUUCACAAAUAUCGGCAUGGUUAUCUUCGAGUGACAUCGAUUUAAAGAAUAACAUUACAUAUCGUCUGAGCGUACCCGGUGAAACGUUCGAGGUUUCGCAGUUUACCUCCUCGGCCACGAAACACGAUUUUCCGGUCACAGAUAUCGGCGGCGGCCUAUUCGUACAAGUGUCUCUGUUAAGCUUGCCGAGGCUACCGAAGGUGCCAACUGCAAAAUGCAAUAAAUGUGAACCUGUCCUAAGCAUAUCGUUCGACAAGAUUCAAAUUAGUAAAAAUAAGCCGCAGAAGGACUUGGUCGACGAUCGGAUGUAUACCUCUUGCACUUUGAAAGGGAAGCAUCGCUGCGAGGACUUCGACGAUAUCGAUUGUAGCUCAAAAAAAGAAUCAAAAUUGGGAAAGUUUAAGCGCAUGUGCAAUUAUGCCAGUUGUCAGCCUUCCACUUCGAAAUUUGCCGAUUCGCCAUCGGACCUUAGCUAUACAAAGAGUAAAUUUCAUAACAGUAUUGACUCGGAAUUAAACGCGAACGAUAAACGGUAUUUGAACUCGAAUGUAAAGCAAAAACUGAAGAAUCCUAAGUUAGAUUUGGAAGAGUCGGAUGAGAAGCCGAGAGUAGAACAAAAAGACAAGGAACGUGAUCUCAGUACGCAGAGUAAGGGGGAUAUUUUAUUAAAUGCCAUUUUACGUAGCUGUCAUUUACAAGGCGCUAGCGGUGCACAUAACAGCGACAAAGUUGCGGAGAAAUGUGAUUAUUCAUGUGUUCAACAGUGUGGACGGGAUGGUCCGCAUUCAUGUGCAAGUGUGAAGAAGUGUGAAAGUGAUAAAAUUAAUAAAUGUGAUAAUUCGAGCGCAAGUGGUGAUAUUUUUAGUACUAAGGACAAAGUCAAGUAUAGUAUAUAUGUUGAUAAACAUUGUGAUAGCCCUAUUCCAAAAAUCAGAUAUAAAAAAAUUAGAGAUAUUUCUAAUCACUUAAAUUCGGUUAAAUUCAAAGCCAGACAGAGAAUUAUAUUUUCCGACGAUAACGACAGCAAUAGCAGAUCUCUUUCGCUCAGAGAGGACGAAUCUUUAUUAGACGACACAAUUUGUACUUCCAGUGUCGUCGAAGAACCGCAUAACGAAACAAUAAAAAACCAUAGUUUAAGCAUCGACGUUCCAUCCGCUUUCGAGCAGGCAAGGUUCAAGAAAUCCUUGGACAAUGCGACUUCAAUGGUAUUUCAUUCUCGGACGGGAUUACCGUUGACGAGUAGCCCGGCACCCGUACGAAGGGGGAAGUCCUGCUUCGAUUUCGAUUCCAGUAUUAAUUCCGUGUCUGCAAUCGGAAACGCCCUAUUCUCAUCGGCGAGCGACGAGGAUAGUGAGAGUGACGGUAGCAUUGUUUCGCCAUGCAGCCCUGAUUUCUAUUUGCUUCCUAAGAGGGAGCCACUGACACCCAAGUGCUACAGAAGACGACAUCCUCACAACUUGUUAGGAACUUUUGAGGAAUCGGUUUUAAAUGGACGCCUCGAGCCCGUUUCCACCGUUCACGGAUUUACCGCCGAAUUGGGUGCGAGCGGCGCAUUCGUUCCCGAGCAUUUGGUACUUCCAGUUACUGUGUUCUUUUACAAUUUGGGAGAUAACGAGAAAGUGUCCUCGCCAUAUUUGGGACACAUAAAUUUGGGACGAAAGGGAUAUCAGGUUCCCAAAUCCGGCACGUUGCAAGUGACACUGUUUAAUCCCUUGGGAACUGUCGUGAAAAUGUUUGUUAUAAUGUACGAUUUGAACGAAAUGCCUCCGAACUCGCAGACAUUCAUUCGACAGCGUACUUUAUACAUGCCGACUGGCUGUACGGAUAAGAAUUCGGAAUGGGGACCUAAGUGGUUACGCUACCUUAUUCACUUAAGAUUUAUGAGCUCCAAAUCGGGUCGAAUUUAUCUACAUACGGAUAUACGGAUGAUAAUUUUUCGAAAGUCGGAUCUCGAUACAGCAACUGCACAUGGUAUUGAUAUGUCCUACGAAUUACGCAGCUUCACCCACUUACCUUCGAACCCUCGAUUCUCUUCAAGAAAGUAGAAACACGAAUAAAAUGUACGCAUAUUAUU